AUGGCGGAUAAGUUUUGGUUAAAUGAAGAGGGGAAGGCUAUGGUUGAAGGUGUUUUAGGCAGUGAAGUCACCGAAUACUUUGCGUGGUCGGCUUCAAAUAAUGUGCUGUCAGAAUUCACUGGCUUGAGUGGAGAUCUGGGAGUCCUGCAGGGUCUGCGCAAGAUUGUUGAAGGGUCAGAUUGGACUUAUGCCAUCUAUUGGCAAGUAGCAAAAUCAAAAUCUGGUAAGUCAGCCUUGAUAUGGGGGGACGGGCAUCUUAAAGAAUCAAUGGAAGGUGAGGAUAAAGAUGGAAUUUCAUCUGAUAGUCAAAAAACAGCUGAAAGAGAUCAAAGAAAACUAGUUCUUCAGAAGAUUCUCGCGUGUUUUGGGCGAUCGAAUGAUGAUAAAAUGUUGGCUAAGUUGGAUCGGGUGUCUGAUGUUGAGAUGUUUUAUCUCAUGUCAAUGUACUUUGCAUUUCCCUUCGAUAAGCCCUCCAUCCCUUCCCAGUCAUUUAACUCUGGCAGAUCAAUUUGGGUUUCUGAUGUGAAAAGCUGUUUGGAACAUUAUCAAUCAAGAUCAUAUUUAGCAAAAUCUGCACAUUUGGAGACAGUGUUGUUUGUUCCAUUGAAAUCGGGAGUUGUGGAGAUUGGUUCCAGAAAAUUGAUUCCUGAGGACCAGAAUGUCAUUAAGUUAGCAAAAUCUAUAGUUUGCAAACCAAAUACUUCACAGCCAAAAGUUUGUCCCAAAAUAUUUGGGCAAGAACUCAGUCUCGGAGGUACCAAAUCAGGUCCUAUCAGUAUAAGUUUUUCUCCGAAGGUGGAAGAUGAUUCUGGUUUUUCUUCAGAAUCAUACGAUGUACACACAUUAGGCAGUUCUCGAGUUUAUGGGAACUCAUCAAAUGGGCACCGAAGUGAUGAAGGCGAAGCAAAAUUGUUUCCACAGAUGAACCAGAUCAUUGUCAGGGGAUCAAAUUCACAAGACAUAGUUUCUAGUAUGGAUCAAACUAUUGAGGAUUCAUUACUUCUUGCUGAUGACCGGAAGCCUAGAAAGAGAGGUAGGAAGCCGGCCAAUGGGAGGGAAGAACCACUGAAUCAUGUGGAAGCGGAAAGACAGAGACGUGAGAAGCUCAAUCAGCGUUUUUAUGCAUUAAGAGCUGUGGUGCCAAAUAUCUCAAAGAUGGACAAAGCGUCUCUCCUCGGUGAUGCGAUUGCCUAUAUCACAGAUCUUCAGACAAAGAUAAGAAUCUUGGAAGCUGAGAAAGAGAUGGUGAGUAAUAAGCAAAAUAAUGAUGAUAUCCCUGAAAUGGAUUUCUAUGAAAGGCAUGAUGAUACAGUUGUACGAGUGAAAUUCCCCCUAGAUUCUCACCCGGUAUCUGGUGUUGUAAAGACGCUGAGGGAGCAUCAAGCUGUCGUGCAAGAAUCGAGUAUUUCUAUGUCCGACAAUGGUCAGGUGGUUCACACAUUCUCUCUUGAAACUCUGGGCGAUACUGCUGAACAACUUAAGGAGAAGUUGACUGCCUCUCUCUUGAAAUGA